UUGCGAGCCAACGUGCGCGCGUCCGGCGUCCGAGGCGGUUGGUGUAAGGGAGUUGUCGAGGCGCGAUACGAGGCAAUUAUUUCCAGUCAGAAAAGGGAACCAGUGCCUGCCUGGCUUUCUCACCAGCUUUCUACCUGCCAUGAUCAAGUGCUUGUCAGUUGAAGUACAAGCCAGGUUGCGUUCUGGUUUGGCUAUAUGCUCCUUAGGCCAGUGUGUUGAGGAGCUUGCCCUCAAUAGUAUUGAUGCUGAAGCAAAAUGUGUGGCUGUCAGGGUAAACAUGGAAACCUUCCAAGUUCAGGUGAUAGACAAUGGAUUUGGGAUGGGGAGUGAUGAUGUAGACAAGGUGGGAAAUCGUUAUUUCACUAGUAAAUGCGACUCUGUACAGGACUUGGAGAACCCGAGGUUUUAUGGUUUCCGAGGGGAGGCCUUGGCCAGUAUAGCUGACAUGGCCAGUGCUGUGGAAAUUUCAUCCAAGAAAAACAAGUCAAUGAAAACUUUUGUGAAGCUGUUUCAGAAUGGAAAAGUCCUGAAAGCUUGUGAAGCUGACUUGACUCGACCAAGUGCUGGGACAACAGUCACCGUAUAUAACCUAUUUUAUCAGUUACCUGUAAGGAGGAAAUGCAUGGAUCCUAGACUGGAGUUUGAGAAGGUUAGGCAGAGGAUAGAAGCUCUCUCACUCAUGCACCCUUCCAUUUCUUUCUCUUUGAGAAAUGAUGUUUCUGGUUCCAUGGUUCUUCAGCUCCCUAAAACCAAAGACAUAUGUUCCCGAUUUUGUCAAAUCUAUGGACUGGGUAAGUCCCAAAAGUUAAGAGAAAUAGAUUUUAAAUAUAAGGAGUUUGAGCUUAGUGGCUAUAUCAGCUCUGAAGCACAUUAUAAUAAGAAUAUGCAGUUUUUGUUUGUGAACAAGAGGCUAGUUUUAAGGACAAAGUUGCAUAAACUCAUUGACUUUUUAUUAAGGAAAGAAAGCAUUAUAUGCAAGCCAAAGAACGGCUCUGCCAGUAGGCAAACGAAUUCAAGUCCUCGGCCUCGGUCUAGCCCAGAACUCCAUGGUAUAUAUGUAAUCAACAUGCAGUGCCACUUCUGUGAGUAUGACGUGUGCCUGGAGCCAGCAAAAACUCUGAUUGAGUUUCAGAACUGGGAUACUGUUUUGGUUUGUAUUCAGGAAGGAGUAAAAAUGUUUUUAAAGAAAGAAAAAUUAUUUGUGGAAUUAUCAAGUGAAGACCUUAAGGAAUUUAGUGAAGAAAAUGAGUUUAGUUUAUUUAGUGCCACUCUUCAGAAGCAAGUGUCCUCUGAUGAGAAUUGUGACCAGGUCAAUUUCCAAGAAGCAUGUAAUAAUAUUUUGGAUUCCUGUGAAAUGUUUAAUUUGCAAUCAAAAGCUGUGAAAAGAAAAGCUCCUGUAGAAAACAUAAGCACACAGAAUUCUAGGGACUCGGAAGCUAUCAGAAAAAAGACAAAUGAUUCAUUUUUGUAUACUUACAAAUCCGAUGGGCCAGCGCAUAGUAAAAUGGAGUCAUCUUUACAAAACGAAGAUAGCGCUUGCUCAGAGUCAAGGAUCUUAGAACAAGAGACAGCUGAAGCAUCAGAAUCAGGAGCAAAUGAGAAACAUAAAAAGUCUUGCUUGGAACUUAACUCUUCAGAAAAUCCAUGUGGAGCCAGUUCAGAAAUGUCUGCAAGCCCUUUUCAGACACUUUAUCACUUUGAGGGGAGUGGAGAAGGUCUAGAAAUACAGAAAGUAAGUACUACUGCUAAUGGCAUGGCUGCCAACAUCCUGAAAAAUAAUAGAAUUCAGAAUCAACCAGAGAGAUUUAAAGAUGCUACUGAAAUGGGAUGCCAACCUCUGCCUGUUGAGACGGCAUUAUCGGGAGCACAUGGUGCUCAGAGAGAAGAGAAAAGAAAAGAAGAACCUAGUAAUUGUGGAAGAAUAAAUGUUUUUAGUUAUGGGCAAGUUAAAUUAUGUUCCACUGGCUUCAUAACUCAUGUGGUACAAAAUGAGCAAACUAAAUCAACUGAAACAGAACAUUUAUUUAACAAUUAUGUUCAACCUGGUUUUGUGAGUGCCAAAGAAACAUUUGGAAAUAGAACAUGCCAUUCAUUUGAGACUCCAAACACCAAAGAUUUAACCACCACUUUAAGUAAAGAAUUUGCUCAACUGCCCAAUAAAAGAUUGUGCAGAACAAAUAUAAGUUAUGGGCUAGAGAACAAACCUACAGCAACUUAUAAAAAUUUUGCUAUUUUUCAGGAAAGUAGUAAAACAUCAUACACAGGUUGCUCACUACCUGAGACAUCCUCUUUCACUUGGGGUAGACGUGGUUCAAAUGGUAGUAAGAACACAGGUAAGUUGAUUGGUUCUGCCAAACCCAUAGCUCAUAAGAAGCUAAGCUUAAGUUCACAACUAGGAUCUUUAGAGAAGUUUAAGAGGCAAUAUGGGAAGGUUAAAAAUCCUCCGAAUACAGAAGUGGAGGAAAGUAUCACUUCAGAAAUCACUACCGAUCUCAGUCCUCAGGUUGAACCUGACAUUCUGUGGAAAGACAAAAACCACUUAGACAACUCUGGUAUUUGUAAAAUCACUACUAUGAAACAUGAUGAUUCAAAUAGUAGUUGUCAACCAGUAAGUCACAUGUUUUAUUCAGAAAAGUUACCAUUCUCCAAGGAAGACAGUUGUUUGGAAGAACAGAUGCCUUGCUUAAGAGAAAGCCCUAUACCUCUACAGGAGUUAUCUCAUUUUAACAGAAAGCCUUUGGAUGUUGAGAAGUCACCUGAAUCACUAGCCUUUAAAUUAUCCAGAUUGAAAGGCUCCGAAAGAGAGACCCAAACAAUGGAGAUGACGAGUCAUUUUAAUGAACUUUCACAAUCAGAUUCCAGUAGGAAAGACAGUGACUUGUCCAGUGGGUUAACCCUAGAUUCUUGUAAGUUAUUUAAAAAUGAGCAUAAAAAACCAGAAAGUGGCGACAUCCCAGUGUCGGACUCUGUCACACAGGGUAAUCCCUUCAAUAAAGACAGUGAGACACAUGCUAACAGCAAUACAACAGAGAACGCUGUGAUGUCAGAAACUCCUUUAGCACUGCCCUAUGAUCAUUCUACAGUUAUUGGUAAGGAUUCAGAUGUUCUUAUAGCUUCAGAACAACAGAUUGGAAGUCCUGACUCUCCGAAUAGAACGUUAGUGAGUCACGGAGAAGAUUCCACAGCUGGCCAAAAUGGAACUUGUUGUGAGAGUGAGGAAUCUAUAGCAAGAACUUGUUCUGAAAAUGAAGAGUCCAACACAUGUUCUUUGGAUUGGCAGCAGCAUUUUGAUGUAGCCCUGGGAAGAAUGGUUUACAUCAACAAGCUAACAGGACUUAGCACAUUCACUGCUCCUACUGAGGACGUUCGGGCUGCUUGUACUAAAGACCUGACAACUAUGGCUGUGGAUGUUCUACUUGAGAAUGGAUCUCAGUACAGGUGUCAUCCUUUUAGAAGCGACCUUGUUCUUCCUUUCCUUCCUAGAGCCCGGGAAGAGAGGACUGUGAUGAGACAGAAUAACAGAGCUACUGGGGACGGUGCUGUUGGUCCCGAAUCGCUUCAGUCUUUGUUCUCAGAAUGGGACAACCCAGUAUUUGCCCGUUAUCCAGAGGUUGCUGUUGACGUUAGCAGCGGCCAGGCUGAGAGCCUAGCAGUUAAAAUUCACAACAUCUUGUAUCCUUAUCGUUUCACCAAAGAAAUGAUUCACUCCAUGCAGGUUCUCCAGCAAGUGGAUAACAAGUUUAUUGCCUGUGUAAUGAGCACUAGAACUGAAGAGAAUGGCGAGGCAGCGGCACAUGUCACAUCACAUUUGCAUUUUGAAAAUACUGCUCUGGCUGCAGUGUGGAGCCUGGAGCGCGUGUCGAGAUGGAGUCCCAGUAACUGCAGAGAGACUUUAGGAGAUUGUUGCAAUAUCUAAGAAAUGAUGGUUAGCUGGGAUCAGGGUGACCUAGAGAGAAAGAUAUUUAGGAGAUAAAGUCAGCAGGACUUGGUGAUGGAUUGGAUAUGGGGAAGGUAUAUCAAAGAUGACUCCUGGUUUUCUGACCUAUGUAACUGAGUGGAUGAUGUUGCAGGACGACGAGGUUGGAGAAGAAGCAGGCAAGAAGGGUGAAAAUCAUGAGUUCAGUCUGAAAUCCCUUUGAAAUGUUCAAGAAUGUGUCAGGAAUAUUACAGGUCUAGGAUGCGAGAAGCAUUCUGACAUGGAGAUCUAAAUCUGAGCUGUCAGCAUAAAGUCAGUCACUGAAGUCAUGUGUAUAAAUUUUAUCACCUAGAAGAAGAAUGAAGAGUGAGGAGGGGAAGAGAGAUUCUGAAUCUAGAGUAAUUCCGCCAUUUAAUAGCUGGGUAGAAAAGGGUGAACCAGCAAGAGAGGUUAUGAAACAACAGAAAUAGGAAGAAAACAAGCAAAGGUUGUGUUGCAAAGCCAAGACUUUGUACUAAGUGCUGCCGAGAGGUUAAGAUGAGGACCAAAAUUAUCUGUUAGGUUUCCAGACAGUGGAGGUCAGGGACUUCAGAUGAGAGCUGUUUCAGAGAAGACAUAGGACAGGAGAGACUCCAAAAUCUGUGACAUGGAAGAGGGACUAAGGAGAGUGAGGGUGCAAGGCUUUUUUUUUAACUGGGAGACUCUCGAGCCAUUUACAAGGAAUGCUUGAUCCUGUCAGGCUCUGGAAAAGGCCUGAGUGGCUGAGUCCUGAGCACCACUCGAGGAGGUGGCUCCCGAUGGGUAGACCUGCAGGCGAGAGCUUCUAAAGUUUGAAAGCAGUUCAUUCUCUUUGUACUUCAAAAUAUUCUUUUUUAUCUUGUUUACAGUAUAAAUUUAUUUAGUAAAUGUCACCAUAGAUCAAAGGUAAAGUAACCAAAAGUUUUGUCGUAAUUAUCAUAAAUAUAGAAUUAGUGAAGGUCAAAUUCUAGUAGUCUUACUACUUCUAGAAAGUGAAUAGAUUGUUUCCUAAAGUUUUGAUUACCUGGAAUUCUUUGUUGUUUAAUACCAAAAUCUCUACUAAUGGCACCUGAGACGGGUGUAGCCACAAAAUCUCCAGACAGUUAAAUUUCUCUUGAGAUUCUGGAUUGUUACGGUAUUGGUUAGCUGCCAUCAAGGAGUACUUUUAUAUAAAGGAUUUUUCGAAAUCAAAAUGUAAGUAUUUUUAUUGUUGCUCACAAAUACCAAAAGCAACCUAUUCCUAUAAUUGAGUUACUUUUAUUUUAAUAUUUGCACAUAUUUUUAAUGGAUAAAUAUACUAUUGUUUUACAUUAUUGUGAAAUUAAUGCCAUAUAAUGGCAUUUUUUAUUGCAUGUUUCCACCUAUAAUAAAAUACAGUUGUUCAGUUAUGAUCCUCUAAAGAAUAAGGAUUCAUUCAUUUAUUCUGUAAAUAUUUACUGAGUGCCUGUUAUGUGCCUAGUGCUAUUAUACAUGCCAGGAAUAUAACAGACAAAAAUCCUUGCCCUGAUGAAGAUUCUAUUCUGUUAUUUUGGAAUAUCAAAAAUACAGCUCUGACAUGAGUAAAUUACCUUCAUAUAUUCUGCUUCAUUCAAUGAAUGGAAAAUACCAUGAACAUUUUGUAGACUAUAAAUCAUUCCUCCAGAGUCAGGUGCAGGAUUGAUUUCGUAUCUUGGUGAUUCACAUUGGCUCAGGUUUUGAGUUUGAGGUUACUCCCUCAUAAUUUAUUAUUUAUUCCAUUGUUCUGCCCAAUACAGGAUGUUCAGUAUUCAUCACAACCAGCUGCAACUCCUCCUAUCCUCAAAGGAGUUUAAAAUUCAACAUUUUGGGGCCUGUUCUGUGGUUGAACAUGCUGUCAGAAAAAUCAUAAUCUUUUUAUUUUUCAAGUCAGUAGCUCUUACGCCAUGAAUUUGAUGGUGUCAUACAAACAAUUUUUUUAAUCUUUAGUAGAAAUAGGAAAAACAGGCAUUAUCUAGUUUGAUCAAAUUCAAGAGGAGAACUUUUAUUUCAAUAUAAUCAGUAACAAUAAACCUCAACCCUUUGGCCAAAAGUAAUAAAAUUACAAGCUAAAAAGAUGUACUAAUGUAAUAGAGAAUCAGUCCUCCUGUCAGUGAGAAAGGGAUUUAUUUCCCUGUAGGUUUGGCUUUGGGGUCAGGACAUUCUGCUUCUGUCUUGCACCUGAGAGUGUAAAGCCUUGCUACUCAAAAUCAAGGUCUGUAAAUAACAUCACCUGGGAGUUUGUUAGACUUGCACAAUCUUGUGUCCCACCCCUAACCUACUGAAUCAGAAUCUGCAUCUUAAUAAGAUCCCCAGGUGAUUUGUCUGCUGUUCAAAGUUUGCAAAGCCUGAGUCUAAAGCUAGGCAAACUGUGGCCUGGGGGCCGGAUCCAGCCAUAACCUGUUUUUGUACAGCCAGGGAGAUAAGAAUGGUUUUUACUUUUUUUUUUUUUAAU